AUGGUCAUCAAUCCGGGGGCCGGGCUUCGCAGCCUCUUGUGGCUGGGGCUCCUGAACACGGCGGGAGCUUUCUACAUCCCGGGUUGGUCGAUUCUGAGCUACAAGGAUGGCGAGCACAUCCCGCUACUGGUGAACAAGGUUUACUCCGACAACACGCAGCUCCAGUACGCCUACUACGACCUCCCGUUCGUCUGCCCCCCGACCGGGAAACACAAUGCAGGAGGGGGUCUGCUGAGCGGGCAGAGCAUCCCCCUCAACCUGGGCGAGGUUCUGCGCGGAGAUCGGAUCAUGGUUUCGGACAUUGACCUGGAGAUGGGCAACGACAACCUGUGCCACUCGCUGUGCAGCGUCAAGCUGUCUCACGAUGAUGUGCGCCGCGCCGAGGGCAUGAUCCAGGAGGGAUACGUCACUGAAUGGAUCGUGGACAAUCUCCCCGGUGCUACCAGCUUCGUUUCGGUCGACAAGACGCGCAAGUACUACGCCGCCGGUUUCAAGUUGGGAUACACGGAGUAUUCCUAUACUACCAAGAUGAUGCACACUUACAUCAACAACCACCACACCAUCGUGCUCCGCUACCGCAAGGCUCCGGGGAAAGCUGGCGACCGCGGGGAGAAGAUCAUCGUUGGAUUCGAGGUCUAUCCGAAGAGUAUUGGCCCGGGCAACCGCCGAGAUGAGAAGGGAUGUCCCAUCGAUCUCGCGCAGGUGGAUGGCGCCUUUGAGCUUCAGAAGAACAAGACGAUCCAGGCUGACGGAACACUCAGCGAAGAUGGCCUCACCAUUCCCUUCUCGUACUCGGUGUACUUCCGCGAGGACGACAGCAUCGAGUGGUCGCAUCGGUGGGACUUGUACUUUGUUAACCAGGAGGAGGGCAACCGCAUCCACUGGCUUGCCAUCAUCAAUUCUCUCAUCAUCUGUGGUCUCCUGACGGGAAUUGUUAUGAUCAUUAUUGCCAGGACUGUCCGAACAGAUAUCAAGGGCUACCAGGAGGCGGUUACCCCGGAGGGAAAGCUCAGGGUCAAGCGCAGGGUCAAGUCCGGACUUUUCAAGGAGAAGCCCGCCGGCCUCCUCCAGCAAGAAGGCGAAGACGAAGAAGCUGGCCUGUCAGAGGAGGAGGAAGCUUUGGAAGAUGUUGCAGGCUGGAAGUUAUUGCAUGGCGACGUCUUCAGGCCACCUCCCUUUGGCGUUAUCCUGGCCCCUCUGGUUGGAUCCGGUGUGCAGCUCCUGGUCAUGGCUCUUGGACUAAUUGGCCUGAGCGCCUUUGGAGUGCUCAACCCCAGCUUCCGUGGUGGUUUCAUCAGUGUUGGAAUCGGUCUGUUCAUCUUUGCUGGCUUGUUUUCGGGAUACUUCUCUGCUCGGACAUUUAAGAGUUUCGACGGGCAGGACCACCGCCGAAAUGCCUUUGUCACGGCUAUUCUGUUCCCUGGCCUCUGCUUCUCGAUUAUGUUCAUCAUGAAUCUAUUCGUCUGGGCGCAGGCCUCGAGCACGGCAAUUCCAUUUGGAACGCUGUUGGCUAUCGUGGUGCUUUGGCUCUGCAUCCAAGUCCCCCUCGUGUACGCUGGCUCAUACUACGGAUACUGGAAAGCAGCAGCUUGGGAGCAUCCUACCAAGACCGCAGCCAUUGCACGGCAGGUUCCAAAGCAGGCAUGGUACAUCAAGUCGCUGCAGUCUAUUCUCCUGGCGGGCCUGAUCCCAUUUGCCGUCAUCUUCAUCGAGCUGCUGUACGUGUUCCAGUCUCUCUGGCAGGAUAAGAGCGGGUACUACUACGUGUUUGGAUUCCUGGCUGUGGUCUCUGUGAUCCUGAUUGUUACCAUUGCCGAGGUGACGAUUGUGACUGUCUACGUCCAGCUCUGUGCUGAGAAUCACAACUGGUGGUGGCAAUCGUUCUUGGUCGGCGGAGGCAGCGCGUUCUGGAUCUACGGCUACUGCGUGUACUACUACUUCUUCAACCUGCACAUCACUGGUGUCACCAGCAGCUUGCUCUUCUUUGCAUACAGCUUCAUGGCGUGCUGUGUGUAUGGCCUAUUGACGGGAACCAUCGGCUUCCUGAGUGCCUAUGCAUUUGUUCGACGCAUCUAUAAUGCGAUCAAGGUCGACUAA